UGAAGAAGAAAAAAAAGAUGUUUAGGCUGUUUCAGUUUCAGUGACAGGUGCGGUAAAUAAUGGAAAAUAGAAUGAUAGAGAUAGAAUCACAUCCAAGACUGACGUAUCGAAUAAAAAUGAACAUAACUACAAAUCAACAAAUGUGUAAAAUUGAAUCAAUUUACACGUUCUAGGCGACUUAUUCAAUGUCAUAGCUGUUGGAAGCAGUUAUAACUGAGGACACAAUUAAUUUAUUUAUCAUGUGUGCAUCAUGCAAAUCAAAAUGUUACAAGUGUUUAAUUUUUCAUUAAACAUAAGUGAUGUACAUCAGAUUUUCCUAAUGCAAUUUGCUUCCACGAUAGACUUUUCUGUGAUCAGAAUAUUGGCUCAUUUAUUUGCUAUUAGAUAAUACUUGGUAUUUGCAUUAAAUAUCUAUUAGUGAAUGGUGUUUGUUUAUAACUCAUUUAGACAAAAUAGAAUUAUGUAUGCUAUAAAAAGUUGUGUAACAAGUAAAAUUUUAAAUUAUAAAUAUUAUUAACAUUGGUUUUCAUUUAGUUUAUAUUCCAUGCAAAAGUGAUUUAUUAUGAUUAGCCAAAUUAUUUAUUAUAGAUUCAUAGUAUUGGCAAAAAUGUACACUUUUACACAUUGUGGCUAGGCUACAAGUAAAGAAGGAAAUAAAACUGUUCUCUUUGCAGCUAUACUUGUACAUGAGUGCCACUGGAGGAAUAAAUGGCAACCCAAAGUGAAAACCCAUAUGAGUGUUCACUUUGUAGCUAUUCUUGUACUAGAAAUAGUAACUUGAAGAAACAUAUAUUAACUCACACAUGUGUAAAACCUUAUACAUGUUCAAUGUGUAGAUAUGCUACUUCUAGAAACAGUGCCUUGAAGAAACACAUGUUAACUCACACAGGCGAAAAGCCUUGUAAGUGCCCCCUCUGUAACUAUGCCUGUACUUCAAAUAGUGAUUUGAAGACUCAUAUAUUAACUCACACAGGUGAGAAACCGUAUAAGUGCUCCGUGUGUAGUUAUGCUAGUUCUAGAAGUCAUACCCUGAAGAGCCAUAUGUUAACUCACACAGGAGAAAAACCGUAUAAGUGUUUCCUGUGCAGCUACGCUUCUGCACAAAAUUAUGACAUGAAGAAACAUAUAUUUAAACACACAGGUGAAAAACCUUUUACUUGUUCCCUGUGCAACUAUGCUUGUACUUAUAGUGGCUCAUUGAAGAGGCAUUUGUUAAAACACACAGGUGAAAAACCUUUUACUUGUCCCCUGUGCAGCUACGCUUCUGCACAAAAUUAUGACAUGAAGAAACAUAUAUUUAAACACACAGGUGAAAAACCUUUUACUUGUUCCCUGUGCAACUAUGCUUGUACUUAUAGUGGCUCAUUGAAGAGACAUUUGUUAAAACACACAGGUGAAAAACCUUUUACUUGUUCCCUGUGCAACUAUGCUUGUACUGAAAGUGGCGCAUUGAAGAGACAUUUGUUAAAACACACAGGUGAAAAACCUUUUACUUGUUCCCUGUGCAACUAUGCUUGUACUUAUAGUGGCUCAUUGAAGAGACAUUUGUUAAAACACACAGGUGAAAAACCUUUUACUUGUUCCCUGUGCAACUAUGCUUGUACUGAAAGUGGCUCAUUGAAGAGACAUUUGUUAAAACACACAAAUGAAAAAACUACGAGUAUGUAAAGGCCAUGUCACACUGCCGUGGCGUCGCGUCCGUCCAUCCAUAGUAUGAACGUCCGCGUAUGCCGCGACGGUCUCGAGUCCCGUCAAACUACCAGACACGCGUCCGCGGCCAACGCCACGUCUUUCUAGGAGUUGCUUAUGCAUUUCAACUACUUUGAAUUUGUUUAGUUAUACACUGAUAGUGGAAUGAAUAGUUUGUUAUAGGUCUACAAAAUUAAUUUAUUGUUCUGGAGCGUAUUCAUUAAUAAUUAUUAUUAUCAAAAUUAUAUUUUCAUUAUUACAUGCAAUACUAUUUCUAUUAUGAACUUAGUAAUUAGGG